AUGCCUCCUCGAUUAGACCUUAUCGUUCGAGUCGGAAGACAAGCACGUAGAAGACCCGCUAGAACGGUGGCGGCUCGACCUCUCCGAAGACAUCCAAUACGAAGAAGGUCGCCAAUAAUAAAUGUAGGAGUGAGACGGAGAAGUAGAAGGAGGAGAUGUGGAAGAAGGCUAGCUGCAAGGACACGACUGGAUAUCUUGCUACUCGCAGCUUCAUACAGUGGUUAG